AUGGUUGCUGAGCUUGGACAAUAUGUUCAUGCAAUUGGGACAGAUUCCAACAACUCGAUGGAACCCCAAAGUAUCAAAGCAAUUUACAUUGAACCUACAAAGGGAAAACGUACUGGGCACCAAGUGCUCAACCUCAAUACUAAGAAGAUGAUUUCCCGACCCAAGGUCGUUGUAAUCCAGCGUGUUGAAGCUGGGGCUGCUGCCGAAGGUGUUACUUCCAUGAAGUUCUUUGAUAAGAAGAGAGAUUUGGAGACAUUUCAAGAUGGCGAUCAAAUUGCAGGAGUGGAUGAUUACUUAGAAGAAGCCUUUGAUCAGGACUAUGAACCUGAAGAUGAAGAUCUACAUGGACAAUUCGAUGAUAUCGAUGACUCCAAAAGAGAAGAGCUCUUGGCAGAUGCAGACAAUGAUGUCGAUGAUAUGCCAGAACUCACUGUCAGAUUCCAAGGAGAUGACAACUAUGAAUCAGACGACGAUUCGGGUGAUGAAGGCAACAAAGAGGAAGAACCUAUUGUGGCCGAUUUGGAUCACCAUCAAGAAAAUGCCGAUAGAAGAACCAAUGAUAUUGGGAGCCUUGUUACUGAUCUGGAGGACCUACAAGAGCCGCCAGAAGAAGAGAUUGUAUUGGAGCCUGAAGAAACGCCUCGAGUAGCAAAAGUCACUCAAUCUGGGCAAACGUAUGCGCAAGCUGCAAUGUCUGGGCUGAACCUUUCUCAAGUUCCAAAGAAACCAAGAGAAUGGCCUUCGAGCAGGAGUGGCAGUUCUGCCAAUAAGAACAAGAAUCGAGUUGCGAGCAUCAAGAAAGAGAAUUGA